GCAGUCGCAGUCGCAGUCGCAGUUGUGCCGUGGCCCACUGGCCAGUUGGUUGCGGUGAACGACGCGAGUUGCUACUCAGAUAAAUAAAAAAAAAAUAUUAUACAAAAAUACAAACUCUCACACGACGCGGGAAUUUUGUUGAAAUUUAUGCAUGUGCUAUUAAAAACAAUAACAAAUACGCCGUUGUAAAACAAGAACAAUAACAAGAGCAACAAGAGCGGGUGUAAUAAAUUAUUAGGGCUUUGGUAUUUGGUGAAAAGUUGAAUGGAGUGGACCUGGUUCAAGGAUUGGUGGCGCCUCAAAAAGCUGCGUUCGCGUCAUCAGCGCCACAAAAAGAAACUGGAAGCAGCGGCUGCCGCUGCUGCUGCCGCUGCUACUGCCAGCGUUACGCUUGCCACAGACCUGAAGCUGGAUGCAGAUGCAGACCAUGUGGAGGCACAGGCGCUGGCCACUAGGGAGCGCAGACGUAGCCUGGACAUGCACCCGGGCCGCAGACGCAAACGCAAUCGUCCGCGGCAGCGACGCGCCAAAAGCGCCGGCGCCCCGGUGCACCAGCAACAGCUACAGCUGCCGCUGCACCAGCAACAGCUACAGCUGCCGCUGCACCAACAACAGCUGCAGCUGCCGCUGCAGCAGCCGCAACUGCUGCUGCAGGGGCACGGGGAGGAGGACGAUGGCGAAUACGGGCCAUUCAAUGUUGGCGACUACUUGGACUACUACAACUGCUCCAAUGCCAGCGGCAACGACGAUGAUAGCGACGAUUUCUGCUACUGCGACGAGUGCCUAAACGUAGGUGCCGCUCAUCGGGCAUAG